CUCUGCUGCAGGAGCGAGACUGAAGUCAGAAAAGUGAUUUGUAGAGACCAACAGAGAGAUUAAGAAAACCAAAACCACUAAAAACUCUUUCUGUCCCAUCUUGCUCGUGUGUCUCUGUCUUCGGACACGGGCUCUGUGGACUGUACCUGGUGAUGGGCCGGGCCAGGAGAUGAGCAGCGGGCGGCGUGGGGGCACCAGGCGCUGGAGUGGAGGUCUGCACGCUGAGGCCACACGGUGAGAGAAGGCAGAGACUGCCUCAUGAGUCGGGCCUCCCCUUUAAUCUGGUCCCCACCAACCCCCAUCCUCCCAGCAUCAGUGGGAUGUCCCAGGUGUGUCUCCUCUUGGCCCUGCUUUCACUCUGCAGCUGCACAAAGGUCUCCUCUGCUAACUCCCUGGAGCUUGUGAAGGAGCAGUGGAGCAGCUACAGAAACCAGUGCCUUGACUUCAUCGACACCACGCCCCCUGCCACUGGGCUGGUGUGUAACAGGACCUUUGACUUGUAUGCCUGCUGGCCUGAUGGACUCCCAGGAACCACUGUUAAUGUGUCCUGCCCUUGGUUCCUGCCAUGGUACCGAAAAGUUCAGCAGGGUCUGGUCUACAGAGUCUGCAAUGAAGAUGGUCGAUGGGCUCAAAAGAAUACAAGCGAAUGUGAGGACGACCCUGGUGAGCAGCAGUAUGGCCGCAUCCUCAGUCAGCUACGCAUCAUGUACACGGUGGGAUACUCGCUCUCUCUUGGAGCUCUGCUACUGGCCUUGGCUAUCCUCAUCACCUUCAGGAAGCUCCACUGUAUGAGGAACAACAUCCACAUGAACCUGUUCGCCUCGUUCAUCCUGAGAGCUGUGUCCAUCCUGGUCAAAGACGCCCUGCUGACCCUCACACUGGACCCCGGCAGCAGCAGUGACACCCGGACACAAGCUGUGGUCAACAUACCGGCUGUCACAUGGUGUCGAGGUGCCAUGGUGAUGAUGCAGUACAGUGUGAUGGCCAACAACUACUGGCUGCUGGUGGAGGGCAUCUAUCUGCACAGCCUGCUGGUCAUCACUGUGUUCAGCGAGAAGAAGUACUUCUACAGCUACCUCGCUAUUGGCUGGGGUGCCCCCCUCAUAUUCGUGCUGCCGUGGAUCACUGUGAAAUAUCUGUAUGAGAACGAGGAGUGCUGGGAGAGGAACAUCAACAUGGGAUAUUGGUGGAUCAUACGCUCUCCUAUACUGUUUGCGUAUCUGAUUAACUUUUUCAUAUUCAUCCGGAUAAUAAAAAUCUUGAUGUCUAAACUCAGAGCUCAUCAGAUGAGAUACACUGACUACAAGUUCAGAUUAGCAAAGUCUACUCUGACUCUUAUCCCCCUGCUUGGGAUUCAUGCCAUCCUCUUCACCUUCGUCAUCGACGAGUCCGUCCCGAAGGGCUCCAUACUGCGCCUCAUUCGUCUUUUCUGUGACCUGCUCUUCAACUCAUUCCAGGGCCUGCUUGUUGCCAUCCUGUACUGCUUCGUCAACAAAGAGGUGCAGUCAGAGAUGCUGAAGAAGUGGAAGAGGUGGAGACUGGGUAAGGACAUCGAUGAGGAGUACCGCCACACCCACAGCCACACGCCACAUGUCAAGAGUGGCAGCAUCGCCACCGCCAACCUGCCCGAUCGCCAUGAUAACAACUGCAGCGACCCCAGUGGUGAUUCACCUCGCCUCAGCAGAGGUGAGCGCGGCCCGUCCUGUCCUGCUGCGCUUGAGGAGAACCGGCGGCUAGUCGUCUCCUAUAGCAAUGGGACAGGGAAAGGGGGACUUAGGAAGAGCAGAAAGAACCUGCAGUUUUGUUUCCUGCCACAAAGAGGCGCCGCUCCUCGUGUCAGUACCUCCAUGCACGGCGUUUGUCUGGAGGAGAGGACCCAGUGCUGCAGGAUGCCUUUGAAAAAAGAGGAGACUAAUGUCUGAAGACAGGCUGUCCAAAAACUAACACUGUUCAUUCUGAUCCUGGUUUCAUUUUUAUCAUGGGCCAAAAAGACAGUGAGCGAAGAGGUGAUUCUACUGACCACGAAGUUCAACUCUGCGAAAUGUUGAAGGAAAUAAUGUCUAACUCUGCCCAGCUGCAAACUUUUAUUUAUUGGUUUUGGGACCUUGAGCAUGUUUUGCUUAUUUUAAAUGAUUUCAAUGAAGCUAUCGGUCUUAACUGUGAGAGUAUGUGUGUAUCUGUCGGUGUUCCUGCGUGUGUGUUUGUAUGCAUAUGGAGGACUUCCACGCCAACACAAACUCGCAUAUACCUUUCCAUGUGCACUGCUGUGGGUCUUGUGUGCAUAGUGUAUAUAUUUGCUUUGGUGGCCUUCAAGAGCAAAUGCUCUGCAGCGACCCGAACAAUUUCUGUGGGACGAAAAGCAUCAAAAGAGAAAAACAAAAGAAAUGAAAAAGAAAAUGGCCACAAAAAAAAUGAAACAAAAACUUUGAUGGAAUGUCUGCAAAUAUAGGAAGCCCCCCUAAACAGAAAAAUCACAUUAUAAUACUCCAUAUCUAGUCAUCACAUCUAGAGUACUCCAGACCUGUAGGGGGCGCUGGAGCAGAAUGUUUUGCAAGUACAAGGAGGUCUACAAACAUUGGGUCUGACUUUUAUGGAGCCCACGUAGUCCCAAAAAGCAUUUCUUUAUAUAACCGUGUGCACAUACAUUUAUCUUGCGUGCCCAAUAUUUAAUCUCCUACACACAAGAUAUUAGCUUGUGCACAGAAGAUAAAAACUUGUGCAAAUAAGACAAUCACCUGUGUGUAUAAGAUAGUAUAUCCUGCAAUGUGCACACAAGAUUGAGGUUAAUAUCUCGUGUGCAUAAUAAAAACAAAAUAUUUUUUGGGACUUCACAGGCUUAGUAGAUUUUUAUAGAAAUGGAUCUGUUGCUAAGUGAAGCUGAUGUUAACUAGUUAGCCCAGUAACACAGGACUUCCACCAGAUCCAUGUCCUAUCCGCUGCAGUCCAGCUCCGUGCUUUCUUGUCCGUCAACACCUAUUGGUUGCGUUUUCAGAACGCAGCACGGCGCAGGACCGCCUGACAGCUGGAGUCAUGUGACCGAGGUUUUCCCGCAGCAAUCACUGAAUCAAGGAUUCUCCUCCUCCUCUCCUCAUCCAUGUUGUCUUUCUGGUCCUCUGAAAACCUCUGACCUGUUGACUCCAGGCCUGGCUCUGCUCAAAAUGACAUUUUGUCGUCAUAUUUAAGUUAAAAACGAUCUAACGAUAACACAGAGUGUUUUAUUCUGAAAAUUAACCAGAUGUUUUCAUUUUGUUUUGGUGCCUGACUUCCUGUCCCGCUCCAUCUGCUCUGUUGAGAUUGAUGCGUCAUGCUCCGGCAACCGGCAAGAAUAGAAGUCUUGUGUAUCUGAUCCGGAGGGCUCCGACCUGGCAGAUAGACGCAGCUGGAACGCAACAGAGCGGAUCCAGUGGAAGUCAACACAUUGACUAGAAUAGAAACUGAUCAGAUCCGGUGCUGUUACGGAUCAGAGACGGACCGGACAUGGAUCUGGUGGAGUUUGGCCGUUAGAGCCGACUAUGCCAGUGUCGAAGCACGAAGAGGCUUUUUUUUAGGGGGGUUAAGGUUGUAGGUUUAAGUUAUUGCAUCAUUUAUGAGUUUCGUUUUCAUGUGGCAUUCAAUGCCACUUUUUUGUCAUUCACAACACACUCUCAUUGUUGUUUUUGUUUUUCACUUUGAAACAAAAGCUUUGACAAAUAUGAAUCUGAAGCCUGUCGCUCCCAAUGAAAUGUAUUCGUGCUGUUGCAGGAAGUUUGCCCUUGUGGGCCGCCGUAGUUUGCAGCAAUGAACUCUAAUUUAAGGUACCCAGUGAAACGUGAUCUGUUUUCUCUUGUUUCCAGGAACAUGAAUGUUGACUGAUGUUUUUAUGCUCAGAGAGACCGUGCUACUUAUUUGAGUUAUUCUGGUUUUCAUCAACCAAAGCCAACAAGAAGAUAAAAGACAAUAAAUACAAGAAAAAGAAUGACAGAUUUUAUAUGAAUGAAUUAAAUCAAGCACCACUGUUUUAUACAUCUUCCCUUUUUUGCAAACUCAUCUUGAGAGUUUUAAACAUAAUGACCAGACAGAAUAAAUGUGAAGUUAUACAUAAGUUAUUGAACAUUCAUAAGCUAAAAUCUUAGAAUAAUCUUUAAAACAAAAUCAUACCCUGUGGUGUUUAAUUUGAUGAAGAAACAGUUUGGUAAUUGUGAUUUUUGUCACAUAAAGCGUCAUUCCCAAGAUCACGAUCAUCAUCCUGCUGCAGUGAAGGUUUUUUUUUAUACUCAUUGAAUAUGAUUUCAGACGGCAUGAACAUAACAUAUCUUUUUUACACUAUCCUCAGUUUGUCCAAAUGAGAAAAUCCUUUUGUAUUCCAGAGACACUCCUGAGUCCGUCUGUAAAAGAACUCCACAUUAAGUAUUGAUGAACCAGCAGGGUUCGAUUUCUUGUGCAGAUCCAAUCAGGGCGUGGAUCUCAAGAUGGAGAAUGCAACAAAGAACAAAUGUCUCACAUUGGAUUGAUGGUUUUCAACAUUUACAUCCAGUUUAGAAAUGCUCUGAAUCCAACUGUUUGUAUUUUCCAAAAGUGACAGAUUUCCGUCGACGAGGAUCGUUCCCUCUGAGCUUUUCUGACCAUGGAAGGAAAGAAUAUUCUGUUAGACUUGCCAGAGGAAGCAUGGUGCACUGUAAAUACUGAUAAAAGAGAAUAUUGUACAGCUAAAGACGAUGAGGUGGAGAAUGUGUUGUUUUGUGUUUUUGCUUGCAGUCCCGGUGACUCAAACAUGGAAAUAAACAUGACUUCUUAUCUUGAGGAGGAGACUCUUGUUUUACAAAAUAAUGAAUGUACCUGUCCUGUAUUUUCAAAUGUUGCGACUGUCAGGAGGGGCCAAAGCUAACAAUGUCAUGACAGACUGCAAACUGUUUUAUAUAAAAGCCAAAUUGUUGUGUGUAAAAUGUGUCUGUGGAUCCAAUUAAACUGAGUUGUGUCAGCCAAA